UGUUGAUUUUUUUUUUUUUUUUUUUCGUUCGUUUUGUUUGUUAUUUUUUUUUUUUUUUUUCGUUUGUUUUCUCUUUCUCAUGUCAAAUCAAUCGUCGCAUCCGCCACCGGGCGUGCAUGUGAAUGCCAAGCGACGACUAGAUUUGCAAGAGGGCGAACCAGAGCGAUCGCAGGGUGCUUCGUCGCCUGGGCGUGACUAUAUGCGACAAACACAUGUUGGCUCGCCUGCGGCAGCAGCAUCGCCACGCACGCCAAGUCACCACGGCGGGCUGGCGUCGCCUGUCUCGGCUGCACUUGCCGCCGCUGGGUCGCCGUCGCGCGUUGCGGCCGACUCGACGCCAAAAUCUGCACGCCGCAAGAUCGGACGUGAUUCACCCACGGAAGAUUUUGACGGACCCACAAGUGGUCGAUUCGACACGUCGCUCGGAAUACUGACGCGCAAGUUUGUCGACCUCAUGACAAACGCACCUGGUGGGGUCCUCGACCUCAACGUGGCCGCCAACAUGUUGGGUGUACAAAAGCGACGCAUAUACGAUAUUACCAAUGUUCUCGAAGGCAUCGGUUUGCUCGAAAAGCGAUCAAAAAACAACAUCCAGUGGAAAGGCUCCAGUAGUAGUGGGAAUAGCGACGCAAUGAGCGCCCAGGCCGACCAAUUGCGCGAGGACAUUGCUGCGCUCGAAGCACAAGACAAGGCGCUCGAAGACCACAUGCGACUCAUGCAAGACAAUCUUAGAAGGCUAGCCUCGCAGGAGCACAACGUCCAGCUGGCCUACGUAACACACGAAGAUAUUCGAAAUAUUGAAAGCUUCCGGAACAAAACGUUGAUAGCAGUCAAAGCCCCACAAGGCACGCGAUUGGAGGUUCCUGAUCCCGACAUGGGAAUGGCUGCCGGCCAAAGGCGAUACCAAAUCCUGCUCAAAAGCAAUGACGGACAGAUUGAUGUAUUCCUCGUUAGUCGAAAUCACGAUGUUGUGCCGGACGACGACACCCAAGCGAUGGUUUCGGAAUCGUCGGCUCCGCCACCAACGUCCAGCAGCGCAGCUCCCAAAUCGUCGUCCUCUGCACCAGCGCAAAAGCAUGAGCCUGCAUUUGGCGUUGCAGCACCCACUGCCUUCAACUCACCACGCGGCAAUCGCACUCGUGGAGCAAGCGGAGCAAGCUCUUCCAGCGCCGCUGCUCCUCCGGCCACCAAUGGCACACACGCCGACGCCGCUGUCGACAAGGCAUCGUCUGAAGCGGCUGAUGCAGCAUCUGCGGCUGAUCUUAUGCCCAUGCUCGAUACUGAGCGAGCAGCCGCCUCCUGGGACGAUGACAACUUUGACGCGCAAGCCACGCAGCAGCUGGGUGACGCUCUUAUUCGCACCCCCUUUGGCUUUGACGGUCUGAUUCCCAUCAAUCCAACAGGAUUUUCUACCGACGACUACCUGUUCAAUCUGGACGAGUCGGAGGGUAUUUCGAAUCUUUACGACUUUGGAGCCUUCGACGACAUCAACGAACCAUAGUCGUCUGCUCGAGCCAUUUUGGCGUUUCAUUCGUCGUGCAUGACGUGUGGCGCUCGGUCUCAAUCAUCGAUUUUUGCACAAACAAAACCAAUCAAAAAUCAAACAACACCAAAAAACAACAAAACAAAAAAACACAAUUCCGAAACCAACUCUGCUCGGCCAAAAGCAAGGCUUCAUGCUUGUUUUCCAAGUCGCUAUUGCUUGAUCCGGUAUUGCUGAUGUUAUUGCCCAUUAGUUUUUUUUCUUCUUCUUCUGCUUCUUCUGCUUCUUCUUCUUCCUCAUCCCCUUUUAGAUGUGAAUGUUCUGAUGUCUUGUUGAGAUUUUUUUCGAUUUUCCUCCUUGUUUCCUUGGCUCGUUGUACUUGUCGCUUCUGCUUCUUGGCGG